UCUAUUUAUGCUUCGUCUCUUACAGUUCGGCGCCGCUUACUGUUCAUCAGUGCCACCUCAGGAUGUCCAAGUCAGUGCCACUGCUCCUGCUCCUGACACUGUCAGGACUGCGAGCUGCUCCCAUCGCACCUCUGAGAGGAUUGCCCAAGCCGUCAUCUCCCUUCGGGCUCUCUGAUGACUCUCAGCAGAAUGACAUCCUUGGACAUAUUCCUGAUGGCUUUCACCAAGGCACUGAGCCAUCCAAGGGAUUUGUUGACAACGGCCUGGUGCAGGACCACAUCAAUGACAUGACCAGAAAGACAGCUCUCGUCCACAACCUCAUUGAAGAGAAAUCAGGACUGGUGGAGAGAAAACACUGGCUGGCGGAUGAAGUCCCUAUUGAUGUGCCUGCUCAGAGGAACGGAGGUGGUUGGGUUCGAGUUGAGGAACCCUCUUCGUCUCACCUUCCAGAAGAUUUCAGACAGGGAACGGAACCCUUCAUGUCGAUCCCCGAUGGUUUCAGACAGGGAAGUGAACCAGUAGUUUCUAUCCCAAAAGGUUUCCGACAGGGAACAGAACCUACAAUACCUAUAAGCGGUGACUUCAAACUCGAAGCUAAGCCCUCAGCUUUUAUCCCAAAUGGUUUCAGGCAGGGAACGGAACCUUUCUUGACCAUUCCAGAUGGUUUCAGACAGGGAACAGAACGUUCCAUGAUUAUCCCAGAUGGUUUCAGACAGGGAACCGAACCGUUCUUGACAAUUCCAGAUGGUUUCAGACAGGGAACGGAACCUUCCAUGCGUAUUCCAGAUGGUUUCAGACAGGGAACCGAACCCUCCUUGACGAUUCCAGAUGGUUUCAGACAGGGAACAGAACGUUCCAUGAUUAUCCCAGAUGGUUUCAGACAGGGAACCGAACCCUUCUUGACGAUUCCAGAUGGUUUCAGACAGGGAACCGAACGUUCCAUGAUUAUCCCAGAUGGUUUCAGACAGGGAACCGAACCCUUCUUGACGAUUCCAGAUGGUUUCAGACAGGGAACCGAACCGUUCUUGACAAUUCCAGAUGGUUUCAGACAGGGAACCGAACCUUCCAUGCGUAUUCCAGAUGGUUUCAGACAACCUUCAGACUCUAUCAUUAGUGGCUCAGGAUGGGAAGCGGAGCCCUUAGCUUCCAACCUUGGUACUUUCAGGCAGGGAACUGAGCCGACUCACUAUAUCCCCAGUGGGUUUAGACAGGGAACAGAACCAUCUCUUCACAUGCCAGAGGACUUCAGGCAGGGAACAGGACCGCUAGUUCAAACCCCAAAGGGACAGGACCGUUCCACCUCCUGGCUCCCAACACAUUCAUGUCAAGGGGAAGUCAUUAAUGGAAAGUGCUAUGAGUUCAACCCAACACCUUUGGGCUUUACAGAAGCACAGUAUUUAUGUAAAGCUCAUAACCCACAUGCUGAGCUGGCAUCUAUAACAAGUGGCGACCUUCAUUCCCGCCUAGUUUCCUUGGUUACCAACAGCGGUGAACGGAGCCCACAGUUGACGUGGCUGGGGGCCACGGUUAAGAACCAGCAGGCCUCCUGGCUCGAUGGCUCAGAGAUGAAUUACAGUGACUGGAUGCCGGGUCAUCCCAACAUUCACACGGACAAGCCUGUCUGCGUGGAGAUGUUCAAGAUAGAUGAAAGCUGGUGGACAGCCGCUGACUGCGAUCUGAAGAGAGCGUCCAUCUGCUCAUAUCAAAUAGCUGCAUAAAAAUACAAGCUGACCUCUUGCUCUGACAUUUCUCCAAAACACCAGCACAUUCGAAUGCUUAUUAAAACCAUAAACGCAUCCAAAA